AACAGAUUGUUGUACUUGUUUGAAACGUGUUAGCUAGCUAGGUGUGUUUCAGAAAAGCAAAAAUAAUAUGCGAAGCCUCUAGACGGAAACAUUCAUUAAACCGUUAUAUAUUUAUUUAGCUAUUUAAUUAAUAUUGUGUGUUAUAUCGAAGGAAAUAUAGUUUUUGAAAUAUAGCAAUUGAAUGAUAACGGCAAAUUUACGUAUUUAUCUAGCUAAACGCUAGCUAGUUAAAAUAUUUAUAUUGUCAUCACCAGACAGAUUGCAAAUUAGGAACGAUAUGAUUGCUAUUGACACUGGACUCUAUAUCGGAGAGGUCUCUGAUCUUAAGGAUGCUCAAGCGUUAACCGAGGCCGGAAUCACUCAUAUACUUACUGUUGACUCCGAAGAACCAGCUGUAACUGGGUUUGAGAUUAAAUUUGUUCGCGCUCUGGACGAUUCGUCUACAGACCUUCUCAGCAAACUAGAUGACUGUAUCCACUUUAUUGAAGACGCCCUGAACGCAUCAGAAUGUAAACCGUCGUCUGUACUCGUCCAUUGCCAUGUAGGUCAGAGCAGAAGUGCUGCUGUUGUGACUGCUUAUCUAAUGAAAGUUCAGAAGCUCACCCUUCAUGACGCGUAUACCAAACUCCAGCGGUUAAAACCAGAUGUCAAAAUGAAUGAGGAGUUUCUUGACCAGCUGGCAAUGUACGAAUCCAUGAAUUGUGAGUUGGACAGAAAUAGUCCACUAUAUAAGCAGUUUAGACUGAGAAAAGUCACUGAAAAAUAUCCAGAACUUCAGAAUGUCCCCAAAGAAGUCUUUGCCGCUGACCCAGCGCAAACACAGAAUGCCGAGGUGGUCUACAGAUGCAGAAAAUGCAGGCGCGUACUCUUCCGCCGCUCCAGCAUCCUCAGUCACAGCAUGGGCAGUGGGCCAUCAGCUUUCUCCCAUAAGAGACCCAGUGGCAGACUUCCUGCUACUGGUGAUCAGACAGAGUGCACGUCUUAUUUCAUCGAGCCUGUUCAGUGGAUGGAGAAGGGAUUGCUUGGUGUCAUGGAUGGACAGCUCCUCUGCCCCAAGUGCAACUCCAAGCUGGGCUCCUUUAACUGGUACGGUGAGCAGUGUUCAUGUGGCCGAUGGGUGACGCCUGCUUUCCAGAUGCACAAGAACAGAGUGGAUGAAAUCAAGCACAUCAGCAUAGUGGCACUCAAAUGACAGAAUGGACUAUUUAAUAACACAAAUAAAGCAGUAUAUUCUUUGAA